CUCCCUUUGUGCAGGAACCAUGAGAUUUGCUCUGCUGUGUGGACUGCUACUGCUGGCUGCAGGUAUGACCCCAACCCAGGGAGGGCUCCUGAACCUGAACAAGAUGAUCAAACGUAUGACUGGGAAGAAACCCUACUUCAACUACUGGCCCUAUGGCUGUCAUUGUGGAUUUGGUGGCAUAGGAGAACCCAAAGAUGCUACAGACAGGUGCUGUCACAAGCGUGAUUGCUGCUAUGCCCGCCUGAAGACCGAUGGAUGCAGGACCAUGACAGACAACUACAAGUUUAACAUCUCCCACGGUGUUAUCUACUGCUCUGACAAAGGGAACUGGUGUGAGAGGGAGUUGUGUGCUUGUGACAAGGAGAUGGCCUUGUGCCUGAAGCAAAACCUGAACAGCUACGACAAGAGCCUGUUUUACUACCGGCGGGCCUACUGCAAGGGCAGUACUCCGGCGUGCUAGGAGAGCCGGCUGUCUGUCCCCUGCAUUUCACCCUGCUCCAGGGCAUCUCAAGAUCUGAAGUCCUGCAGGAUUGCUGCCUCCCGCCCCAGUGUCUAGUCUCCCAUACCAGCUGGCUUUUAAAGCCCUCCUUGCAAAGGGUCCUGCCUUGAGGAUUUCCUCUUGGUGCCUCUCUGCUAUAAAGAACCUUUUUGAUCUUGC